AUGUGUAACAAUUACACCACCAGACAGAUUGGUGCACCACACUCAAAGAACUAUAAGAUAUACAUCGAAAAGGAUGGCAUACCGAUCUCUCCAUUUCAUGACAUACCUCUCUUUGCUGACACCACCAGUUCAACUAUGAACAUGGUAGUCGAGAUUCCUCGCUGGACAAAUGCAAAAUAUGAAAUUAACAAAGAAACCCCGUUAAAUCCCAUCAUUCAAGAUAUAAGGGAUGGUGAGCCUCGAUUCAACUAUAACAUCUUUCCAUACAAGGGGUACAUGUGGAAUUACGGGGCACUUCCACAGACAUGGGAAGACCCAAAUUUUAUCACAGAAGAAUCCGGUACUAUCGGUGAUAAUGACCCGAUAGAUGUAAUAGAGAUUGGAGAGAAAAUCGGCUAUACUGGUGAGGUUAAGCCUGUCAAAAUAUUGGGAGUAAUUGGAUUGCUUGAUCAAAAUGAGACAGACUGGAAAUUGGUGGCCAUUGAUGUAAAUGAUCCAAAUGCAUCAGAUAUGAACGAUAUAAGUGAUGUUGAGAAGAAGUACCCAGGCCUUUUGAAUGAUACAAUAGACUAUUUUAGAAAAUACAAGAUCCCUGUUGGAGAUGGUCCUAAUGAAUUUAUGUUUAGUGGAAAGGCUCAAGACAAAGAAUAUGCAAUUGGUCAAAUAAUGACCACUCAUAAUCAUUGGAAGAAGCUUGUUUCUGGAGACAUCAAAGAAAAUAAUAUUGAGAAAACAAACCUACUUGUUGAGGGAUCUCCAUACAAAGUAUCUCCAAACAGUAAGAUCAUCCUCAACAUCCCUCCUGUAAAUCUUCUACCAGCUGUUCCCAUCGAUCCAAAGUAUGAAAGAUGGUAUUACGUUUAA